GUGUUAAUACUUUAAAAACAUUACUUUCACUAAUCUCUAAAUGUUAUGAUAAAGUUAAGCGAAACGAAACGUAAUAACGGUUGCGCGGCCGUUAUUUAAUCAUCCAUUCAGAAAAAAGUGUAUUCAGUUUACAACAAUCAAUCAACAACAAUUAUUUAGUUUAGUACGUACGACACCAUUGGUCGUAUCUACCAAGUUAAUUUCGCGCGCAAUUUUAUUAAAUUCUAUUUGUGUUGUUUUAUAAAAUUAUAUUAUUCCACAAUGUUUUCUAAGGCGAAGCGUUUCGAAAUUCCUGUUCCUAUUAAGAGCAACUGUUCCAAAGAAGUGAAGAAAUUAGAUAAAGAGAAACAAAAGGCAAUCAAAACUCCAGUUCCACUUCAAAAAUCUAAACAGCCUUUGUCUACCAAUUCAAAAGAUGCAGAAACCCAAUCCCAAUGCAGUUCAGUGCUCAGCAUAAAGUCGCUGGUCAUGGUAACGCCCAAAGUCACAAAACAAAUGAAAGCACCAGCCAUCACCAGCAGUACCAAAAAGCCUUUGUGCUCUGCUACAAAAAUAUGUAACAAGAAGAAAGAUGAAAAAACACAGGAUGAAAUUAUAAAAGCCCAGGAGGUGGAGAUUAGGAAUAAAGAUAAUACAAUAUCUGAAUACAAUAGACAAAUAGAUGAUUUAAAAAAUGAGGUUGCUAAUCUACAAAAACAAAUACAAGAAACUUUAACACACAAGAAGAAGUUUGAAGAAUUGGGUAACCAGCUUUCUGAGAUGACCUUGACAGAAAUUACUCAAUCAAAUGACUUUGAAAGGAGCAAUAAUCAAAAUAUUAUUGAAGAUAUGAAGCGUAAAUUAUUUGAUUUAGAACUACAAUGUGAUCAAUUAGAUAAAGAAGUUGGCAGCAAGCAAAUUGAAUUGUCAUCUCUUGAAGAAGUCAUCGCCAUUAGAGAUAGUUUGUGCCAAGAUCUGCAAGACAAACUUACCACUGCGGAGAUCAACCUUGAGGAAACUCAUCAACGCCUGGAAAUGGUUAAAGGUCAUCAUGCCUUAGCUUUGGAAGCUAAUGAGAGUAUUCGACGAGAGUACAAAGUGGAGUUGGAGACACUUAAGUCUAAAUUAGAAGAAGAAAAACAGGCAAUUAUGAACAAAAAUAAAAUAGAUCAAGAGAACAUUAAAAGCAAAUACAAUGACAUGAUUGAAUCCAUUAAGACUCAGUUGAUCAAAGAGAGGGAUGCUGCUCUCAAUGAGUUGCAGCAGGAGAUUGAAACAAAGGAAAUAGAAAUGAAAGCAAAACUCGAUCAAAUUAAUGAAACUACUCAUGAAAAGUUGAGACUGUGUGAAAUACAAUUUGAGGAACGCUCGAGAAGUAUGCAAGAGCACUGUGCUCAACUACAAAAUAAAGUUAAAUAUUUAGAACAGGAAGAGAAAGAUUUAAAAUAUAGCCUUAGUUUAGCUGAGGAGCAAAAUCUGACUUUGCAAAGAGAGUUUAAAAAAUUGCAAAAUGAUAAUGAGUUACUCAGGAAAGAGAAAAAUUCUAUGACUGAGGAAAUGGAAGAUUUGAAAGAGGAGUCAAAAAAGAAGUUGAUAGAUUUCGAAAAUGAAAUCAAUAAACUGACUUUGCAAAUCGAUAAAGCAACCAAAGAUAAAAAUAAAUUUGAAAUGUCCUUGUCUGUGACUAGAGAUAUCGUGCAAGUGCUGACUAUGCGCCUGAGGGAGUCUGACAAUGAACUGGAAAAUUUAGAGGAAAAAGUUCAGGAGCUAACCAAUUCAAAAGAAACACUGGAAAACGAACUUGCCUCAUAUAAAAAUACUCUCAACAACACAUUAAUGGAAUGUAAUGAAUAUAAAGAAGCAUUGGUUAAUAUUUUGAAAUCUAAAGCGGCACUCGCGAAAGAACACAAUAGAAUCAUGGAACAUAAUGUAACCUUGAUAGAAAGUUUACAGAACGUCGAGAUAGAAGCCUACAGAGAAUUGGGUUCAAUCAAAAAUGAACUCAUAGAGGACGUGGAGUUGUUAAAAAAGGAAUCUAAAUCCCAAAUUGAAAUGCUUCGCGAAGAGGUGGAGGAGAAGCGCGCGCUGUGUUCGCUGGCGACGGAGCAAGCCGGAGCUGCGGCCGCGGCGGCCGAGCGCGCGCGGGCGCUGCUGGCGCGCGCCGCCGCCGACAUCGCGCGUCUCGAGGACGACAACCAGCGCUACCAGCUGCAGAUCCAAGAUCAACAGUCCCUCGUAGUAGAGUUAUCGCUACUUCGUCAAGAAAAUGAAGAAUUAUCCAUGACCGUAGCAAAGCAGUCGUCUAUUAUCGAUAAAUUGAAGAAAGAUUUUGAACAAACUCAAGCCAAACCAAAAUCGCCUUCCAUGAUGAAAAAAUCGCUGAAGAUUGGAAAGGAAAACGUUCAGAAUGUCAUUUCACCUUUGCGGGAACGUAAUCAUUAACUUUAAAAUGUACUAUUUAGAUUAUAUUUUUUAAAAAAAUAUCGGUUCGUUAAGUCUUAAACUUGUUUGUUAACAGUUGAUAAAUCAAUUUAAUAUUGUUUCAAUGCUAUUAAUCAUAAAUCGUGGAGUUAUGUUUUUAUAGCUAAGUGGUAGCUAUUUUCAACAGAUAAAUUGUUAGACCCAUAAAACUGUUUUCCUUUUUGCUUGUUUAUUUAUUUAUUUUCAUAAUUUUAGUGACCUAUUUAAUUUUAUU